GUUUGUAUGUGCGUCUGCGGUGCGUCUGCGCAGCUUUGAAUAAAGUUUUUAUAAAGCUAUAGAUAUGAAUUAAAUUUUGUAAGAAACAGAUUCGAAUGUUAUAAAAACUUUAAAUUAGAAAAUAUACAUAACAAUAUGAAUAAAAUUUUAUAGAAUGGCUGAUGCCUGUAAAAUAAGAAGUUCCAGAGAGGAAAAAAAUAUUAAAAAUCAAGAUGAAAAUUGUUGUGUUUUUAAUGUUAUAAGUGUAUUUAUAUCACUUGUUACUAUUCUUGCCGAUCUAGCGACAGAUAUAUUGGUGUUUGUAGAAUAUUGUAGAGAUGGGUACUUAGAUUGGGCCCUUAUAACCCUUACUUUUAUUGUAACUCCAAAUAUAUUGAUAAAUAUAUUUUCAUUAAGAUGGUUUGUUAUAGAUAAAAAAAUAAAUAUACACCAUUGGGUUACCCAUGGGUUUCUUGUAGGACUAUUGGAAAGGUACAUAUUAUUUUUAUAUGAAGUGUUUUCAUGUAAAAACUUAGAAUUAGUAAAAUCGCAAAAACUUUUGACUCAGAGAAAUGAUUUGAGUUUACUGCAUUUCUUAUAUGUGUUUACGGGGACUAUUCCUCAGAUCAUUCUUCAGACUUAUGCAAUUGUAAUGUUGAAUGAAAACUACCAAACAAGGGUAUUUUCAUUAACAGCUUCUAUAGCGUCUGUGAUAUGGGGUUGUGUUACAUACAUAUAUAGCACUACCACCUUUUCAUCUGAUAGCAUUGAUUGGACCUCUUUAUUAUUAAAACUGACAUGGCAUUUCGGAACUCUAAUAGGAAGAAUAGCUGGAAUUUUUUUGUUCAGUAUAAUUUUUGGUGUAUGGACUCUGAUACCUCUGGGGUUGCACUGGUCUGCAAUGACGUUCUGGAUAAUAACACAGAAAACAACUUUUUGCCCAAACAAAUUUGAAGAAACUCUCUACAAUGCUGUAAUGGGAUUUGUAUAUUGUUUCUGUUUUAUAAACGUGAAAGAAGGGCAUACUCGCUAUAGACUAAUGAUGUUCUAUACAUUGAUAGUCACCCAGAAUUUGGGCAGUAUGCUUUUGUACAUGCUUAUAACGGAUAUCGAGAGACAGAAGAAAGCUUGGUCAAUUGCCGCCACAAUUUGUGUGAUUUUUGGCACUUUGAUUGGCAUUGCAGCUAUGAUUGUAUAUUAUAGAUAUUUCCAUUCCAAAGGACCAAUUCCUUGGAGAUAUGUACACGAAGAUGUUGAAUUGAACAACAAAGUUGGGUGUGAUAAUACUAAAACAGAGAAUGAAAAAAGUGCGAACUUAAAUAACUUAAGAUUAUUUAAAAAUUCCAACAUUCCUCAGGUGACAAACUACGAAAAAAGAAAAGACUCCAAUGCUUCCCAAACUGGUCAACCAAAUGAAAGCGAAAACGCUGACAAAAAAUUUCUACUGGACCAUUGGAUCGCAAGAUCGGGAACACCCACAUUCACUUCAGCACCUAUUGGUAAUAUUAGCAUGGAUACCUCUAGCAUUGAAUUGUAUACAAUUGAAAACACCCCACAAACUGUAAUCAAUAGACAUGAUAGUUUAAUCAUAAAACCCAAAAAGAAAAUAUGUUCUCCUACUGAAUUGACCCUUAAACUCUCAUCUAUAGAAAAUCUGGAAAGCUCCAUUGAUGAAAUUACUUCGAAUGUCCUUAAUGUCCAAAAACGUAGAGGUAUUUGUUCUUCUGACGAAUUGAGAGAUGAUUUUAAUAAUCUAAACUUAGGUGCGUCUAAUAUUAUCAAUCAAGAAUUCUCCAAAGUAAAGACUGAUCGUAGUUCUGAAUUAAGUCACGAUACAGAUGGAUCGAAUAAGAAAACAUCAUCUGAUUCCAUUGAUAUGGAUCUAGACUUAAGUUUUAGUGAUAUUAACAGUUCUGAUAUAAACACAUUUAAUGAGAAUAUAGUACAGAAGCUGUGCUUAAGUGCUUUGAAAAAUAUAAAAGUAGGAAAUCAAGAUGCUGAUAUAGAAAAUAUUCAGAGAAUAGCAUUAGACAUUCUUAAGGAAAUGUAUACAAAAAAAGAUAGAAAGAAAAAUGGUAUGAAUUCGGGCCUCUUUCACGUUAAACGUGAUUUAGACACUCCGACCGAAAUAUUAUCCGUACAUGAUUAUGAAAAUAUUUGUGCCGUUAAUAUUGCGCGAGAAGCUUGGGGUCUCCGAUCUUGGAAUGGAUAUUGUGACAUUGAAAAUUGGCUUCACGAUGGUAGCGUAGUUAGAGAUAGGAGUCGGGAUACAUUUACAUCUGAAAGUUCAGAAAUAAGUAGUUGUUUGUCUCAAGAACUAAAGAACGCAAUAUUAUCUGCUCCUCCAUUUCCAAAAAAGCCCCAUACGUAUUCAAAUGUUUUCGUAAAAGUCGAAAGAAAUCCUGAUGAUUACGCUAAUACUGUGAUGUGCCAAACCAGUGAUGACGCUCUCUUAACAAAAUCCUACAUAUUAGAAAAUAAUAAGGAUCCAAAUCAUUUAGAACCCAUAAUAGAAGAGUUAGACGACUUAGGUGAUAUAGAUCCUUCAAAUAAAAAACAUUUGAAUUCAGAAAGUUCACUUGUAGCAACAAUAGAUGAAAUAAGAAAAGCCACAGUUACAAAUUCACCUAGGAAUUUAUAUCAUAGAAGGGAACAUACUUGGGAAUCACCUCAAUUCAAAACUUUUAAUCAAAGUGAAAAUAAUUUAAAAAAAGCUCUUUGGAAAGAACCAUCUAAAUUUGAUUCCAGUAAUACAAUGGAUGCCUUGACCGAAAAACAAAUUGCUUUAGAUUCAUCGCAUGCGGCUAAAUUAGAUACACAAUUGAAAGACAUGAAUAUAGCCAAUUGUGAUAAUUCUUAUUCCAAUAAUGUUUCUAAUUAUCCUCAAAAUUCGACAAGAAGAGAAAAAUCUUAUAAUAGUUUAAAAACCGAUCAUAAAAAGAUUGUUAAUCAAUCUAAUCGUUUACACGACAUUUCAAAUAAAGAUAUUGAUCUUCUUUGGCAAUUAGUUUCGGAAAAUACAUCAUUACCAUAUAAUUCCACGGAAAACUUUUCAUUAAGCCGCAAAACACCGUCUUUGCAAUCUCUGAUUCAAAAGGAUUCUAGUGCAAACACAUCAGCCUCAAAAUCAUCUAAUAUUAAAAAGAGUUCUAGGAAUAGACCACGGCGAAAAUUUUCCAUACUACGGGAAAAAUUUGAACCCAAGUUGAAUUCUGAUGAAGAAAUACUAUAUAACCGUUCAGAUAAUAAUUUAUCAAAGUUAUGCAAUUCAAACAACAUCAAUCAAGAUCGAAAACAGACGACAGCAGAGUAUGGUAAUGAGAAUGACGGAAUGUGUUUUCCUCCUGAGAAUUUUAGUUCUUCCGACCAAAUAAAUUCUACGUCUGUGGAUGAAUUUAGUUCAGCAACAAAACAAAUUAAAGAAAAACGAUCUAUCUUUAUGAAACAAGUAUUAAGCCCGCCAAAAUUUAACACAAAGUUAAGACAUAAAAUAUAACAGAUAUACUAAACAGACAUAGGUACAUUUAAAUAGAAUGUUUUAUUAAUUAAAUAAGGAAUGCUACUAACUACUCGUCAUUAAUGUACUUAUUGUAUUUAUUUUUUUUGUAUUUCAUAAUCAACAAUUAAUAAGUUCUCUUCAAAUUAAUGUGGUUCCUAUUUCUUAAAAUGUACACAUUUUUAGACUUUUAACGAUAAGUCAUUUCGAACACAGAUCUCAACGUAAAUUUAGUCAAUGCAAUGUUUAUAAACAUUUUAAUUAUAGGCGCCGUUACCUCGAAUGUAAGCUUAGGUACUUUUACGUACCCUUAAACAUAUUAAUCUAAUCUUUUUAUAUUUUAGAAGCUAGUUGACUUACUUGCCUUUUAAUUAUUUUUUUUUCCAAAUCCAAAAGAUUAUGAUUGACUGGUCAUUUUGUUAUUGUCCGUUGUGUCCUACCGUUUGAGUGACAUAUUAUUGUAAAAUUGUAUGAAUAUUGAUACCUAGGCAACGAAAAGAAGCAAGAGUAUUGCAUAUAUCUAGUUAGUAGGUAAUGUUAAUUGUAUAAUUUGUCUUCUUUACAUUUAAAAACUGUGAUUUAAGUGCCUUUUUAUGUAUUU